CCGCCGCGGAUGGAGAGGGGCGCAGAUUCCAGGUCGGGGCUCUCUGAGCGCAUGAGGGGAGGGGAGGUCACGGACUGGAAAGCGCAGGGGAGGAGAGAUCCCAGACACGCGGUUCCGGGCCGGGCCUCGACACCCCUCCAACUUCUCCUCAGGCCCCGCCGCCCUGCCCCGCCAUCCCGGAGCCAUGUGGCCCCUGGCCGCAGCGAUCGCCUCCCUGACCGUGGCGCUGUCAGGAGGCAUCUCCCAGGAGUAUCCCAAGAUCCUCAACGGCACCAACGGGACCAGCGGGUUUCUCCCAGGCGGCUACACCUGCCUCCCCCACUCUCAGCCCUGGCAGGCAGCCCUACUAGUGCGAGGGCGGCUACUCUGCGGGGGGGUCCUGGUCCACCCCAAGUGGGUCCUCACUGCAGCGCACUGUCUGAAGGAUGGGUACAAAGUUUACCUGGGCAAGCACGCCCUGGGCCGUGUGGAGGCCGGCGAGCAGGUGAGGGAGGUGGUCCGCUCCAUCCCCCACCCUGAAUACCAGAUCAGCUCCACCCACCUGAACCAUGACCACGACAUCAUGCUUCUGGAGCUGGAGUCCCCAGUCCAGCCCACGGGCCACGUCCGCGUCCUGCCUCUUUCCCACCAUGACUGCCUACCCCCGGGCACCUGCUGUCGGGUGUCUGGCUGGGGCACCACCACCAGCCCCCAGGUGAGUUACCCCAAAACCCUACAGUGUGCCAACAUCGAGCUCCGCUCAGACGGGGAGUGUCGCCAAGUCUACCCGGGGAAGAUCACGCCCAACAUGCUGUGUGCUGGCACAAAAGAGGGCGGCAAGGACUCUUGUGAGGGCGACUCCGGGGGCCCCCUGGUCUGUAAUGGGACACUCCACGGCAUCAUCUCCUGGGGAGACUUCCCAUGUGGACAGCCCAAUCGGCCUGGCGUCUACACCCGAGUCUCAAAAUACGUUUUGUGGAUCCGAGAAACAAUCCGAAAACACAACACCCCAGAGCACAAAUGGACAAAGGGCCCACAAUAAAACCUGUGUUAAUUUACCUGCUUCCUUCCUCUCCCCAUGACCUCCUCACCUUGUUUGCUCAGCCCUUCUCUGCCCCUUCCUCCCAAAGCGUUCCGUUUGAACAGUGAUCCGCAUUCUCAAAAAUGCUCAAUCCCAGCUGGCAUUCCACGUUUCAGAAGCAUUCAGGCACUGCCCGCCUUGUGGUCUCCCAGACGUUGUAUACCUGAAACAUCCUGGCAACCUGAAUGUCCCACUCCAGACGACAUCCCGGUUCUCCCAAGUGUAUCGGCACGACUACUGUAAACCCAGAUCACCACCGGAGCGUUCUGUCUGUGGCAGCAUUCUUCAAUGCCUUCAUCUGCUCAUCUCAACAAUAUUAUGUGUCCUGUCAACAGACCAUCCUUGACAUCUUGUAACCCUCCCAACGGGUAGUAGUCUACACCCUUCUGUGUUUUACAAGAAGGCUCAAGACUCCCAUGAUAUUUCAUCCUGAAAAUAUUCUCUUGUGCCCACAAUCUUCUGCCCCUACGACAUUCUGUGCACCUCUGAGUGAUUCAUCACAGCUGACCUUGGGUCUUCAGACUGGUUCAUUCCCACGCUGUUCUGAGUGUCCCGGAUGUUCUGAUCCAACAUACAUCUCACAAUCUGGAACGCCUGGCCUCUGCCAACACCCCUCUCUCUGAAUCCCCAUCCUAACUAAUGACCGAUGACACUCUAGCCUAGAGUUACGGGGUUCAACAUCCCAAAGGGCCUCCCUCCCUGAACCGUAUCGUCUGCCAAAUACCCACCCGCCACGAGCAUCCUUAUUCAAUGUCCCAUGCUGUUACGUCUUUGUCCACGACCCCAAAAUGUAGUGAUUAAGUCCUCAGUCCACUGCUUUUAUGCAAGUCCUUGCUGUGGACAAGUCAUAAACCUCACAGCUUCUGUGCUUUCUCGUCUGUAAAAUGGGCUUGUACUUUUCCCUCACAGCAUCAUUGCAAGGAUAAACGUCAAGCAUUGACCACUGGUAUUAUUUGCAUGGUUCCCUAUAAAAUAUUACCUUACGAUGUUGAUAACAGCCCCUUAAAUCUGCAGAGUGUCCAAAACGAGUGCUGUACUUCCUUAUUUUCCUUGGCCUACAUUGAUUCGGUGCUGACCAUGUGCAGGAACUCGCGUGCCUGGGUGUUGGUAAAUACAAUUUUGUCUAUUUAUUGAACACAUGUGGUACCUAUGUGAGCCAGGCACUGUUGAAGACACAGGAGAGAAGCAGUGAAUUAAAGUGACAAAAGUUUCUGUCCUCGUAGAGCGUACAUUCUUUUCAGAGAAACACUAUAUAAAAAGAAGAUGAAUGAAGAAUUAGGUUGCGGG